AUGGUCUGUCCUCUGAGGUUCAGCUGGGUCCUGCUGAGCGCUGCCCUGCAAACUGUGGCGACGCGCGGUGCCGACCGACCAGGAGGACCGACGCUCUGCAGCGCGUCAAAGUCGCAAAGAGAAUUAAACUCUUUCCUGUGGACAGUAAAGCGUGCACCUCCUCACCCUCCAUCCUAUUUAUUUGGCACAAUCCAUGUACCCUACACCCGAGUCUGGGACUUCAUCCCCACAAAUUCCAAACAGGCCUUCCACAACAGCAACAGUGUUUUCUUUGAGCUUGACCUGACGGACCCACUGACUAUCUCCAAGUUGACCAGCUGUCAGUUACUUCCCCACGGAGAGAAGCUGCAGACGCUGCUGCCGAGAGACCUGUACCGCCGCCUCAAACGCCACCUGGACUAUGUCAAACACAUGAUGCCUCACUGGAUGACCGCUGACCAGCGGGACCGCGGCCUGUACGCCGACUAUCUCUUCAACGCUAUCGCCGGGAACUGGGAGCGGAAGAGACCCGUGUGGGUGAUGCUGAUGGUCAACUCGCUGACGGAAUGGGAUGUUCGGUCCCGAGGGACGCCGGUGCUGGACCUGUUUUUGGCUCAAGAAGCAGAGAGAAUGGGAAAAACAACCGGGUCUGUGGAGCACGUAGAGGAGCAGUGCCACCCCCUCAACGGACUCAACUUCUCCCAGCUACAUAACAGAAUAAAGAAAGCUCCAAGGAUUGUGUCACCGCACAACCAAAGGACCAGAAGCAAACAGAGAGAUCUCAAAGACCCAGGAUACCUGGAGCCAUACAGAACACAGAAGUCAGGCAGCCAACUACAUGGACACCCUGUGACCACAGACCUUAGGCCCCAGGAGAGGAACCAGGGUUGA